GUUCAGUGUUCAUCCCAGGGGUGUUUAGUGAACAUGUGAUAGCACCAUUACACAUAAGAAACACAUCAUCUUAAUGAAGUAAUGGGUGCGAGGCUUUCUCUGAGGUAACCAGAUGUUGAUAAUUUUAUUUACCUUCCCGUCAAAUCUUCAAUAACAUAAAGGGAAAGAAAUAAAACUGACUGUGAGUGAGAGGGCUCAUGUUACAUUGAUCAUGUGGAGAAAAGGUGUGUGGAGAGCAACAGCAACACCCCGCCUGCAGAUGAGUUGUUACUCCUUCAUCCUCAACAUUGUCCUGCUGCUCUGUCUCGCCUUCAGCUUCUACUUUACCAGUUGCAAACACUACAAAUGUCGCCCCUCAUCAAUUACAACAAAUGGAAAUAAACAUUUUCAUACAACGAAAGAGUUUUAUGAAGUGGAUGAAAAUGUGAAUCUCUUAAACUAUCAAGAUAAAAAAAGUUACAGCAAAAAUUCUGUGUAUCAGAAGAAAAUUUUUAAGCAAAUCUCACUCAAGCAAAAGAUAUACCCAGACCUGAAUGAGUGCCAAACAAGGCCGCUGCGUCCCUUAUAUUACCAGCGGGGUCAGUACUGGGUCCUCGAGAACUACAUCCCUGCUGAUCGAUCAUUCCUCUGUAACCAGUCUAUCACCUACACUACCCACGGCGACUAUACCUUCCUUGGCAACCUGGAGCUCCUCAUCUCUCGCUGGCAGGGUCCUGUGAGUAUGGCUCUUUACGCCCCUGAUGCAGACUUUGAAUACACCCUCGACAUCCUCGUUUACCUUCGAAACUGUAGGUCACAAGACAUAAAAACCUAUGUCACCUUCCACAUCUUCUUUGACGUUUUACAUACUCCAAAGAUAAUGGAAAAGUGCAGAGAAUAG